UGCAUUCUUGUGUUGAGACGAAGCGAGCAACAUCCUUGGGGCAGCGGAGUCGCAGACUUCACAAUAUUCCACCAGCGGAGGAAACUGCCGCAUCCUGCGGGAACAGCCCGCAGCUCACGCAGUGUCCCGCAGCUCACGGUCCCGCGUGCGUGUCGGGUGGAAGUUGCGCUGCCGGGAGCCACCGGACCGGGGAGUGUUGCACCUUCUCGGCCCCGCGAGAGGAGGGUUUGAUUCCGCCCCCCCACCACCACCACCACCUCCACCCCCCCGCGCGCCCCCUGCGGGCUCCAUCUCCCGCAGCUCGGAGGAUCCUGCACCGCGCGCAGGAGUUGUUGCGUCUCCGGACACGAAGUGGUGGAGCAGACAAAACUCAAAAUGUCCGCCGCUAACGUCGGCCAGCUGGUCCUCGCCAUCCUCCUCUUCACCACGGUUCGGAGCCAGCAGGUCCCCACCAACUGUGUGAUCAAGAGGGAGCAGGAGAAGUGCAUGGAGAUGAUGGCCUCGGACGACCCUGGGAACGAUCCGGAAUAUGGUUGCCCGUGGAUGUGGGACAACCUGACGUGUUGGCAGCCGGCGAAGAUCGGCGAGGUGGUGGAGGUCAACUGUCCCGAACUCUUCUCUCAGUUCAUGAGCGAAGAAGACUACGAGCUGGGGAAGUUGAGUCGCAACUGCUCUGAGUUCGGCUGGUCGGAGACCUUCCCCCACUACAUCGAGGCCUGUCUGUACGAGGAGGGAAACAGCAGCCACCCGGACAUGUACUUCGUGUCGGUGAAGGCUCUGUACACGGUGGGCUACAGCACCUCGCUGGUCUCUCUCACCACAGCCAUGGUCAUCCUGUGCCGGUUCAGGAAGCUGCACUGCACCAGGAACUUCAUCCACAUGAACCUGUUUGUGUCCUUCAUCCUGAGGGCCAUUUCUGUCUUCAUCAAAGACGGCGUGUUGUACGCCAAGGAGGACAGCGAGCACUGCUUCAUACACACCCUGGAGUGUCGAGCGGUGAUGAUAUUCUUCCACUACUGCGUCCUCUCCAACUACUUCUGGCUCUUCAUCGAGGGCCUGUACCUCUUCACCCUGCUGGUGGAGACCUUCUUCCCCGAGAGGAGGUACUUCUACUGGUACAUCAUCAUCGGCUGGGGGACCCCGACCGUGUGCGUGACCAUCUGGGCCGUGCUGCGGCUGCACUUCGACGACAUCGGCUGCUGGGACAUGAAUGACAACGCUGCCAUCUGGUGGGUGAUCAAGGGACCUGUGCUGGCUUCCAUCAUGGUCAACUUCGUCCUCUUCAUCGGCAUCAUCGUCAUCCUCGUCCAGAAGUUACAGUCUCCAGAUAUCGGAGGAAAUGAAUCCAGUAUUUACCUGCGGUUGGCCCGCUCCACUCUGCUGCUCAUCCCUCUGUUCGGGAUCCACUACACCGUCUUCGCCUUCUCCCCCGAGAACGUGAGCAAGCGGGAGCGUCUGGUGUUCGAGCUCGGACUCGGAUCCUUCCAGGGCUUCGUGGUGGCCGUCCUCUACUGCUUCCUGAACGGAGAGUAUAUCCCUCAAGGUGCAGUCGGAGAUCAAGAGGAAAUGGCGCAGCUGGACGGUGAACCGGUACUUUGCUGUGGACCUGAAGCACCGGCACCCCUCGCUGGCGAGCAGCGGCGUGAACGGGGGCACGCAGUUGUCCAUCCUCAGCAAGAGCAGCUCGCAGAUCCGCAUGUCCAGCCUGCAGGCCGAGGCCCCGGCCACCUGAGCGCCGCCGCCCCGCCCGCCCUCGUCCCGAUGACCAGCCUCGCCGACCCCUUCCUCAACCCGUACCCGAACCCGUACCCGGACGAAGCCACCGUGGAAACCCAGCUCGACUCCCGCGACCCCGAUCACCAGCCCCUCGUCUGACCCACAGCCUCGACCCCCCGAAUCAUCCACGACCAAACCUGAGCGCGUCCGGGGUUUUCACGGCCCCUCGUCUGUAUAUAACGUGUCGGUGUCCCGUGCUGCGCUUCGUCUGCACUUUUGCGUCCUCGCGCGUGUGUUGUACAUUCGUCCUCCACUUUCGCGUCAACCUCAACAAAACAUCCGACUCCCACUUUACACCUUCACAGGUUUCACAGUUGCUGCUCCGUUCAAAAUGGCCGCUCUCGCGCGAAUACCUUAAAGGGCCACUCCGCUGAUUUUUUUUGAACACAUCAGCAUCAGUUUGUCCAUCGCGCCGAGAGCCGAUCGCAUUCUGGAGAAGCAGGAGUCACAAACCAGGGCGAUGUCGGCGUCAGCAGAUGAGCAGCAUUGUGGGAAAUGUAGUGUUUUAGGACAUCUGCUUUUAAUCUGUUCGCGAAGGUGCGGAACUAAAAAAAAAAAAAAAAAGACGAACUGCUCACCUCAAUGUACAGUCAUCAUUUAAAUACAGUGUAAAGAGGAAGGGUUCACAUUUUCAUCAGUGUCACUGCCUGAGGAGAACGCGCUCAGAGUCUCGUCCGGUGAACGUGUCCGAGAGCCGCGGAGCCUCCGCGUCCCGCCCAAGAGGGCGACGCCCCGACAUACGAGACGCUACGAGAGGCCAACCGGCCUGAGGAAUAAUCGAGGAGGAAUCUCGACCCGGAUCCAACAGGAGGAACAUGGAACAGCAGGAUUUAUUAGGACAUCUUCUACAGUCGUGUGUCGAUGCUCGACUCUGACGCGUCUUCUUCGCACGAGGUGUGUCGCCGCCGCCGCCGCCGCCGCCGCCGCCCACAGAAACACACUAACCUCUUUUUAAAACCUCGGCGCCGCAACGAGACAUCGGAGGAGAAGAAGACGAAGACGAAGACCGGAGCGCGGGAAGAUGUUAAAACAGCCGCUAGUACAGAAAAUGUCAACGACGAAAACGAGCUCGUGGCGAAGGCGAGUUCGACCGCCUGCAUGACUGUUGCAGUUAUCGUGGUAUUUUGGUCUACGGUUUCAUCUGUCGUGUGUUUGAUUGGAUGUUGCAUUUUGUUCCAUGAACUCUUGAGUAACAUUUAGGACAAAUCCCUCGUGGCGAGCUGCAGUUUGUCGUGUGCAGACAAGCUCACCGGGACGUAACUCUCUCGUCCCAGAGACGAACUAAACGACUCGUCUCUUUGUAUUUCUUUCUUUUUGCACGGCCCGCAUCUGUGUGCAAAAGAAAAGGCCGCGUUAUCCUUGCAAAUGAUGUCGCCGCAGGAUUCUUCCUUCGGGUUCCGACUCAACCGUCCCGCGGAAACUUCCCCAAACUCGUCCCCGACUCUUUACUCUGCGUCUCCAGAAGUGCCUUCGAGCACCGAACACACGCCAACCUGGACUUCUGCUGACGAUCUACGAGAACAAGGCGUCUUUUCAUUUGAAAAAACGAAACUGCAAAGUAAAGAAAAAAGUGCUUUCAUGAUGCUCGCGACUAAAUCAGUAUUUUUAAACCCGGAGGCCUUCGAAGUACUUUGACUCGUCUGGGUUGGAGCAGGACGACGUACGACCGACCGGUGUUUUGAAUGAACAUUGACUCAUCGUAUCAACGGAUCACGUGCACGCGCGGAUAUCUGCGGUUUACUUUUCUCUUUUUUUAAAUCUUCUCUACAUAAACAGGAACAAAGGGAAUUUUCUGGACCAUAAGAAGUUUUUUUUUGUUUUUUAGAUGAACAUACUGUACAUUUUGAUGUUUAAUAGAGAAGCACAUCUCAGUUCAGUGUUAUGAUGUAGUUGAACAUUGAGUUUCAAGUCCCACAAUAUCAUUGGGAUUCACAAUGUUUUGGUAAUUUGCAGGCGAAAAGACGUCGGGUACGGAAUGUCUGGAAUAUUAAAAAAAAAAAUUAUGAAUAGAACAAAUUAUUUCAUCAAGUAUUUGGCUUUGUACAAUUUAACAAUAUUAUUAUGGAUACAGUUACAUUUUUAAUUUGUGUGAUAACAUCUUCAAACAUCUAUUCAGUUUCAGUGCUCCGUGGUUUAGACCCAGAUGUUUAAAGUUCCAGUUUAUCGGCGACUUCUCCUCAACGUCUCUUGGAUUUAACACUGGGGUUUUUCACUCUCAGUUUUUAAACCGACAGAGAUUUAAUGAUUAUUAAGCUCUUUGAAAAAAGAAAAUCUUUGAAAAUCAGACAUUCCGUGAUGCAUCUGCUGCAAACAGAAUGUGUAUUACGAUCUGGAGUUAACAAGUCAAACGCUUGAUAUCUCCUCCUUCGUCUCAGAGGACACGGGCAAUUUGAUGACUUUAAUUUGGACCCUGGAAAAUAGAGGCGAUGGUAUUUAUUUAAAAUUAUUGGUGGUUGCAGCUCUAUUAAAAUCAAAAGACCCAGAGUCGCUCCCAAUGGACCUUGUGUUCGAUUUUCAUCUACAUUUACUCGACUGGUUCAUUUGACUUGACUUGGAACGAUUGUCACUGAUAUAAUGUGGAAGAAAUGUUCAUAUGUAAACCUAGAUAUUGAAAAGACAACACCCUGACAUCUUUUGACCUGCAGGGGGGACAGAAGGGCUGACCGGAAGCUGGACCGUCCCGUUGGACCUGAAACGAUAAUAACAGCGCAGGUCCUGACAGCAGCCAUAAGGGGGCGCCGUCUCAUCUCCCGGAUGAUUUUGGCGGGAAAAGGGCUGGACACAAUCGGCAAAUCCUCUGCUCUGGUUCAGUCGAAGGUCAUAACAGACAUUAAGACAAUCUCACCAGGUCGUGAUGAGACAGAUUGUUUUUUUUUAUAGUUUGAUGUAUAAAUGAUUUCCCUCCUUCGGUGUUGAUGUGGGAGUUGGAGCCUUAUAUCGCCAGUACUGCGUCGAUGUCAGACAAAGAUGUUGCUAUUAUUAUUAUUAUUAUGAUUGUUACUACGAGAAUAAAUAUUCAUUGGAACCUAUAAUAUGACGUGUAGUUAGUUGAAGUGUUUGAAACGGUCUGUAGCCAAACUCUGUGACUAAGUCGACAGCAGUGCAACUUAAAUGCGCGAGACGGAAACAAGCUGCCGACGUCGUGUCUUGUAAACGGAGUUCUUCUGUGGUUCAACGUGAAUAGCUGUCAUUUUAAAAAAACAAAAGAAAAACUUAACGCUGUGAUUGUUCUAUUGUUUUUCUUUUAUAUAUAAAUGGUGAUCGUGUUUGCUAAAAGCAUACCGCCUCCCGCGAGGCCGCCGCACUCGAUGCAUGCGCGUUGAAAAUCGUCCUGAUCUCAUUUAGGCCGGCCGGGGUCGAGGCUUUGGGAAUCUGAGCUGCGUCCUUGUUUUUUUUUCCCUGGGUCGUGAUCGACGAAGCCAGAGAAGCAGAUUAUUUGUUUUUCUACAACUGUGAAGCGAUUUCAUCCAACUGUAGCCGUCGUCCCGUCGGGACCCGUCCAGAACUUUUCCUUUGAAUGUUACUCGUCUCCGACAUGAGGAAAAGAAAAGUGCCAUAAAACUGCUGAACUCUUUUUGUUCCUAUUGUCUUUUUAAUGAAAAGCAUGACAUGAAAACCUUUCUCUUUUAUUGUGGUGGUGAUCUCGCCCGUGUGUGUGUGUGUGUGUGUGUGUGUGUUCUGAUGCCUGAAUGUAAAAGUGACUCAAAGCACUCGGCGGUGAGCCUGCGUCUGUUUGCUCAUCAGCCCUUUUUUAUUUUUAAAUUUGUAAUUAUUCAUAAUAUGAUCUCUUUCACUUGCACAGUGCGCCGAUUGGAUUUUGUUUGGGCGUGCAUAACCGAAGGGUUUCUUUUGUACAUUAUAAGUAUCGACAAUAAAUGUUUCUAACUUGUUGGCUCA